AUGACGACCCCGACGGCUGCUGCCAUCGACUCCAGCAGCAUCUUCCGCGUGGAUGGCAUUGUGGCCGUCAUCACCGGCGGUGGCAGCGGGAUUGGCCUGACCAUGGCGCGAGCUCUGGCUGGCAACGGCGCACACAAGGUCUACCUGCUGGGUCGUCGGCUGGCGGUGCUCGAGGCGGCGGCGGCCGAGUUCCCCGGCAUCCUGGUGGCCCAACAGUGCGAUGUCACGUCCAAGGAGGACCUCCAGGCGGCCGUGGAUCGCGUCAAGGCCGAGGUCGGCUAUGUCAACUUGGUGGUGGCCAACUCGGGCACCAUUGGACCCCCCGUGCGCUUCAACCCGGCCGCCUCUGUGGCCGAAUUGCGCCAAAGCCUCUUCACCGACUACCCGACCCAAGGCAUGACCGACGCCCUCCAUCUCAACAUCACCGCCGCCUUCUUCACCAUGAUGGCUUUUCUCGAAUUGCUCGACGCCGGCACCCAGAACGCCCUCCGCGGCGGCUUCGGCCGGCCCAUCCACGACAACAGCGAUGUGCCGUCCAUCCAGAGCCAAGUCAUCUUCACCACCAGUAUCACGGCCUUCAGCCGCCACUGGUCCUCGUCUCCGCCCUAUCUGGCCAGCAAAGUCGCCGUCAUGCAGAUCACCAAGCAUGCCAGCACCCAGCUGGCCAGGUUUAGCAUUCGCGUCAACGCCAUUGCUCCCGGUAUCUAUCCGUCAGAACUGGCCUCGGUGCUUAUUCAGUCCCGCAAACCCGAGGAAGAGCCUGUUGAUGACCAGCGUUUCAUCCCCGCCCGCCGUUUCGGAGGCGACGAGGAAAUGGCCGGGGCAAUUCUGUAUUUGAGCAGUCGCGCCGGCAGUUACUCGAAUGGAUUGAUCCUCGUCACCGAUGGCGGCCGUUUGUCAGUCAUGAGCAGCACAUACUAG